GCGCAACCAGCCGUCCAGGUGCAAAUGUCCAACGGUUGCCGCCUUCCCCCAUGCGACACGGAGGUUUUCAGUGGAGACUACCAGCAGUGGCCCACGUUCCGAGACCUAUUCACCGCCAUCUACAUAAACAACGCCAGGUUGACUCCGGUGGAGAAAUUAUACCACCUCAACCAGAAAACGAGCGGUGAAGCCCACGACAUAGUUGCACUGGCCCCGCUUACGAAUGAUGGGUUUGAAUCUGCCUGGAACCACCUUCGUGAGCGUUUCCAAAAUAAACGGCUGAUACUCAAGGCCCAGUUGAAGAUCCUUUUCAGCUUGCCUUCCAUCCGAUCGGAAUCUGGAGCCGCCUUAAAGGAGCUCCAGAGGUCUGUCCACAAGUGCCUCACGACCCUUCAGCACUCCGAGGUGUCCACCGACAGCUGCUUUGCAGAUGGCGUGCUGGUGUACCUCAUUACCGCGAAGUUACCAAAGGCGACCGUGGAGCUUUGGGAACAAUCGGUUCCGAAUAAAUUCGAGGUUCCGACUUGGCGCGCCAUGAACAAGUUCUUAGAGGAGAGAUACCUCUCUCUCGAGGCGACCGAGGACGGUCAUCCAGGCAUCGAGCCGCACUACAAUUCCCGUACGAGCCUUCCCACUCCUGCACCUCGACGAGUGAACUCCUUUGAGGGGAGAAUCUCCAACAAGGCGCGCACUUGCGACCUCUGUUCCAGGAGCUACCAUCCUGUGCGAUCAUGCCCAGAAUUUCUUCGCCUGACCGUACAGGAACGGUCAAGCUACAUUCAGCAGAAACAACUCUGCUUAAACUGCUUCGCGCGAGGACACCAACUCCGGGACUGCACCAGCGCGUACAACUGCAGUACGUGCAGUGGACGACACCACACCCUCCUUCAUCGGGGCGAGCAGACUCCGAGUGGCUCCAACGAUGCUCCCAGUCCUCACACCACACAAGCCCCUACCACCAUACAGUCCACUUCCUCUUCUCUUCCUUCGUCCAACGACUCAGCCCGUGUCCAGAGCUAUUGCGCUACAAAUGUACACCAGGUGCUACUGGGCACAGCAAUAGUGGACAUUUGUCAUGCCGGCACAAGAUACAAGGCUAGAGCCCUGAUCGACUCCGGAUCUGAGGCCACCUUUAUUACUGAGCGGAUGUUCAAAAUCAUUCGGCCCCCCUUCCAAGCCGUCCAGGCUCAAGUCUCUGGUUUGAGUCAAACGGUAGCGGCCAAGGCCCAGAAACUCUGCCACUUCACGAUCGGCUCCGCCUUAAGGCCCGGCCUCCAGGUUGAGACCACGGCGUACGUUCUUCCGCAAUUGGCGGGUAACCUCCCGUCAUACCCUGUACCGCAGAACUACAUGACAGACCUUCCUAAACUCCAUUUAGCGGAUCCCUCCUUUCAUCGCAGCGCGCAGAUAGACGUGCUCAUAGGCGCUGAUAUCCUUCCAUCCAUCCUUUUAAGCGGCUUCCGGUCCAACAUUUGUGGCUCGCUCUUGGGCCAAGAGACUAUCUUCGGAUGGGUCCUAUCCGGUCCUGUCGCAGCUGACUCGUCUCGAAUCAUCUCUUCCUUCACCACGAAGAUCUCGGUCAGCUCUGACGUCCGACUCGAGAAACUUCUCACAAGGUUUUGGGAGGUGGAGGACCUUCCAGGGAGACCUACGAGCGAGUCAGACUCCAUUUGCGAGGAAAAUUUUCUCCAGACCACGCAGCGAGCUCCCGACGGGAGAUACAUCGUCACUCUUCCAUUCAAAUGUCCGGAAAAGAUAGACUUGGGCUACUCGAGGCCUUCGGCCCACGCCCAGUUUCUGAGAAACGAGCAGCGUCUGCAGCGAAACUUGCCUCUCAAGAAGCAGUACGACGAUGUCAUUCACGAAUAUUUAGAGCUAGGCCACAUGAAACAGGUUCCACCUAGUCAUGACUCCGGCCACUUCUAUCUUCCACACCAUGCCGUUUUCAAGCCAGAAAGCACAACGACCAAGGUGCGCGUGGUCUUCAACGCGUCCAGCCCGUCCUCGAACGGAAGAAGCCUUAAUGACGUAUUGCAUUCAGGGCCAGUCCUUCAGUCCGACUUGACCACGCAAAUCCUUAAGUGGCGCGUAUUCCGUUACGUUUUCAACGCCGACAUCAAUAAGAUGUAUCGGCAGAUCCUCGUGGCGCCACAACACACUCCCUACCAACGGAUAAUCUUUCGCAAUCCUAACGGGGACGUUUGCGACUAUGAACUCGAUACGGUCACCUUCGGAGUCAACUGCGCGCCAUAUCUCGCCAUUCGCGUCCUAAGGCAACUUGCACAGGAAGUGCAUCCUCGGUUCCCAAUGGCAAGCGACAUCCUGGCCAAUUACAUGUACGUAGACGACGUUCUAGCUGGUGCACAUACCCAGCCUCAGGCAAUUUCCGCCAUCGCCGAGUUGCGAGAAGCACUCGAUUCCGCCGGCUUUCCACUCCGAAAAUGGACCGCAAAUCAGAAGGGCGUGCUGAGCGACAUCCCUCGCGAGCACUUACUGCGAGCUGAUUUCCUCGAGCUCGAAGAAAGCAGUAUCGCAAAGACCUUGGGUAUCCGAUGGCAAGCGAGUGCCGACGAGUUUUUCUUUGUCCCUCCCGAAUUAAUCCAUCGGGAAUCCUGCACGAAACGCAAUGUGUUGUCCCAGAUUGCGAAGCUGUUUGAUCCAGCGGGAUGGCUUGCCCCCUUUGUCAUCCAAGCUAAGAUGUUCAUGCAGGAGGUGUGGUUACGAGAGUUAGGUUGGGACGAGGACCUUCCUGGCGAUCUGCGUCAAACGUGGGAGACCUUCCUGCAGAGUUUUCCGGCCAUCCAGCAGAUCCACAUACCAAGGUGGAUCCACGUCUGUCCGACUGCCAAGGUGCAGAUUCAUGGCUUCUGCGACGCGUCUCAGCGUGCCUAUGGUGCGGCGAUCUACGUCCGAGUGGAGCGGCCGAAUGGCAUAUUCUGCUCUCUCCUGACAGCUAAGACUCGCGUGGCCCCCGUGAGGACGAUAUCCUUGCCUCGACUUGAGCUGUGCGGAGCGGUUCUUCUGGCAGAAUUGUCCGCUGCCAUCCUUCCACAGAUGCCGCUAGACAGUAGCCAGGUAUCCUUCUGGACCGACUCUACCAUUGUGCUGGCCUGGCUGCACAAACCAGCGUGCGAAUGGACCACGUUCGUGGGCAAUCGAGUCGCCAAGAUAGCGCGCUGCAACUCCGGCGAGCUGUGGAGUCAUGUUCGAUCGGAAGACAAUCCUGCCGACCUAGCCAGCCGAGGUAUAGGACCCAUCGACCUCGCGGGGAACGACAUGUGGUGGCAUGGUCCUGCGUGGCUGCGUCUUCCGCAGUCACAGUGGCCGUGUCCACUGGACCCAUUCCCGGAGACUGACUUGGAGAAGCGAGCAGUCAAGGUGCUGCAUACAAGUAGCACAUCCUCUGACAUCCUCAGCCGAUUCUCGGAUCUCGGGCGAGCUUUGCGCGUGCUUACCUAUGUGCAGCGAUUCAUCCAACGAUGCAGAGGAGGGUCAGUCCACAAUUCCAACGAGCCACGGUCUCAUGAUGGCACCCCAGCAGCCCACACGCACCCAACGCAGAAGCACCGAGGGCCAAGCUCACGACAGCAGACGUACCCGAGGUACUAUGUCCUACCGUUGCCGAGUCUGCCGAGGCGUCCAUCCUCUUAGGAAGUGCGGGCGGUUCCUGCGGCUAAGCGCUGAAAAGCGGUUGCGGGCGGCACUCAUCAAUCAGUACUGCCCCAACUGCCUAGCCCAUGAGCACUCGGGACGCGACUGCCGCAGCGGAGACCGGUGUCGGCA